AUGGAGAACCCAAAUGAAGAAGAAGGGGAACAGCCCAGGAAGCUCGGUGUUACCUGGCGGAACCUUACUGUCAAGGGAGUUCACAACGAUGCAGCUUUCAACGAGAAUGUCGUUUCUCAACUCUAUCCUUUCCACAAGACCAACAAAUCUCGCCCAUUAAAAACAAUUAUCGACAAUUCCUCAGGUUGCGUAAAGCCAGGAGAGAUGUUACUCGUCCUCGGGCGCCCCGGCGCUGGCUGUACUAGUUUGUUAAAUGUACUAUCCAACAAUCGGUCCGGUUAUAAAGAGGUUACUGGAGAAGUUUUCUUUGGAAGCAUGUCCGACAAGGAGGCCAAGCAAUAUCGCGGUCAAAUCGUCAUGAACACAGAAGAGGAGAUCUUCUACCCGGCGUUGUCUGUUCAAGAUACCAUAAAUUUUGCCACACGUAUGAAAGUCCCGCGUGAGCUUCCACCCGGGUUCAAGACACCCGAGGAAUACGUGCAGCACAGGAAGGACUUCCUCCUGCGCCUAGCUGGCAUCACUCAUACCGCAUCCACCAAAGUGGGCGAUGCCUUUACCAGGGGUGUUUCCGGUGGAGAAAGAAAACGCGUUUCAAUUUUAGAAUGUCUGGCUACUCGUGCCAGCGUCUUCUGUUGGGACAACUCUACAAGAGGUCUUGAUGCAAGCACGGCCCUUGAGUGGAUCAAAACAAUGAGGGAGAUGACCGAUUCCCUCGGACUUACUACCAUCAUCACCCUCUACCAGGCGGGCAACGGCAUUUACGAGCACUUCGACAAGGUUCUGGUUCUGGAUGAGGGAAAGCAAAUUUUUUACGGCCCUCAAAAAGAAGCAGUUCCCUUUAUGACCGAGCAAGGUUUCUUGAGAGAUUCUGGUUCGAACCGCUCAGAUUUCUUGACAGGCGUAACCGUCCCUACCGAACGCAUCAUCGCCCCUGGUUUCGAGAAAACUUUCCCUCGAAAUGCUGACGAGAUUCGCGGAGCGUACGAUUGCACAGCUCUUAAAGCUAAAAUGGAUGAGGAGGCCCGGCUUUACCCUACAAGUGACCAAGCUAUCCAGAACACCGCCUUAUUCAAAGAAUUGGUUGCUAGUGAGAAACAUAGGGGGGUUUCUGAUAGCUCGCCUGUUACUUCCAGCUUCUUCAGCCAAGUCAAAGCCGCUGUCAUUCGACAGUCACAGCUCUUGUGGGGCGAUAAAUCGACUCUGUUGAUGAAGCAAGGUGCUACAGUUGUCCAGUCUCUUGUCGGAGGCUCGCUCUUCUAUGCAGCUCCCGACAAUUCGCUCGGUCUCUUUCUGAAGGGUGGCGCCCUCUUUUUCUCAAUUCUCUACAACGCACUCCUCGCUCUUUCUGAAGUUACAGACUCUUUUACGGGCAGACCAAUCUUGGCUAAACACAGAUCCUUUGCGCUCUAUAGACCGGCCGCCGUUUGUAUCGCCCAGAUCGUUGCGGAUAUUCCUAUUCUUCUUUUCCAAGUAACUCAUUUUGGCCUUGUUUUGUACUUCAUGGUAGGCCUCAAGCUUUCUGCCGCAGCCUUCUUCACAUACCUCUGCACAAAUUUCGUCACCGCCAUGACCAUGACGGCGGCCUUCCGCCUUAUCGGCGCCGCUUUUCCGACAUUCGAUGCCGCGACCAAAGUUUCUGGUCUGACAAUCGUCAGUUUCUUCGUAUACAUGGGCUACAUGAUUUUCAAAUCUGAAAUGCAUCCAUGGCUAGGCUGGAUAUUUUGGAUCAACCCAAUGGCAUACGCCUUCGAAGCCCUUCUCGGCAAUGAGUUUCAUGGCCAAGAUCUUCCGUGUGUCGGUCCCAACCUCAUCCCCAAUGGCCCCGGCUACGGCACUGGCGAAGGACAGCAGGCGUGUGCUGGAGUUGCUGGCGCGAGGAUUGGUGCUACAAGCGUUACAGGCGACGAGUAUCUUGCAGCAAUGUCCUUCAGCCAUACUCAUGUUUGGCGUAACGUGGGCAUUAUCUGCGCAUGGUGGGUGUUGUACGUUGGACUUACCAUAUUCUUCACCUCAAAGUGGCGACUUUUGGGAGAAGGUGGCCGUAGCCUCCUGAUUCCUCGAGAACAGCAGAAGAAAUCACAACACAUUUUGGGUCACACAGACGAAGAAACCUUACAAACUGAAAAGCCUUCGACUGAUUCUUCGCCUACAGUCUCUGACAGCGAGUCUGGCCAGGAUCUUAUUCGUAACAACAGCAUCUUUACCUGGAGAAAUCUGACAUAUACCGUCAAAACCCCCGACGGCGACCGCGUCCUUCUCGACAAUGUCCAAGGUUAUGUCCGUCCCGGUAUGCUUGGUGCUCUUAUGGGGUCUUCUGGAGCUGGAAAAACGACGCUUCUUGAUGUACUUGCCCAACGAAAGACUGAAGGCACAAUUCAUGGAUCGAUCUUGGUGGAUGGCCGUCCACUUCCAAUUUCAUUUCAACGUUCGGCCGGAUACGUGGAACAACUUGACGUCCAUGAGCCUUUAGCAACGGUUCGAGAAGCUUUGGAAUUCUCUGCUCUCCUACGUCAACCUCGAGAUACGCCCGACGCUGAAAAGCUCCGGUACGUUGAUACGAUUAUCGACCUUCUCGAACUCCAUGAUCUUGAGCAUACACUCGUGGGUCGACCCGGGGCUGGUCUUUCAGUUGAACAGCGCAAACGACUUACUAUCGGUGUUGAGUUGGUGGCCAAGCCAAGCAUCUUGAUAUUUUUGGACGAGCCUACUUCAGGCCUUGAUGGACAAGCUGCUUAUAAUACUGUCCGAUUCCUUCGAAAAUUAGCUUCUGCCGGACAGGCUAUCCUCGUAACCAUCCACCAACCGUCAGCACAGUUAUUCUCGCAAUUCGAUAGCCUUCUCCUGCUCGCUAAGGGCGGCAAGACUACGUACUUUGGCCCUAUUGGUGAAAACGGGAAUACUAUCAAAGGUUACUUUGAACGAUACGGAGAGCCUUGCUCGCCAGAAGAGAACCCGGCUGAAUACAUUAUCAAUGUGGUCUCUGGGGCUGGGCAACAGUCUCAUCAAGAUUGGAACAAGGUUUGGCUAGAAUCUCCGGAACAUGCGCGACUUACUGAAGAGCUGGACAACAUCAUCACAACAGGAGCAAGCCGAGAACCAGAGCAGCACACCGAUGACGGACAAGAAUUUGCAGCCUCCAUGUGGACGCAAGUUAGGCUUGUCACCCACCGUAUGAAUAUCUCUCUCUUCAGAAACACGGAGUAUAUCAACAACAAGUUUGCGCUUCACAUAACCCUGCCGCUACUUAACGGAUUCUCUUUCUGGAUGAUUGGAGAUCGUCUUACAGAUCUUCAGAUGAAUCUUUUCAGCAUCUUCAACCUUAUCUUUGUGGCGCCGGGAGUCAUUUCGCAACUCCAGCCACUGUUCAUUGACCGUCGAGAUAUCUACGAAGCUCGUGAGAAGAAGAGCAAAAUGUAUCACUGGGCUCCGUUCGUAACGGGUCUUAUCGUUUCAGAGUUCCCAUACUUGCUUCUCUGCGCUCUCAUGUAUUACGUCUGCUGGUACUUCACAUGCGGUUUCCCGACCUCGCCUGCGCAUGCUGGGAGUGUAUUCUUCGUUGUGGUUAUGUAUGAAACUUUGUAUACCGGCAUAGGACAAAUGAUUGCCGCCUAUGCCCCCAAUGCCGUUUUUGCAUCUCUAGUCAAUCCGCUAGUUAUCACAACGUUGGUUUCUUUCUGCGGAGUCAUGGUGCCGUAUAGCCAAAUUCAAAACUUUUGGAAAUACUGGAUAUAUUAUCUUGACCCUUUCAACUAUCUCCUGAGUUCCCUACUUGUAUUCACGACCUGGGACAAAACCGUUGACUGCGAUGAGGGUGAGCUAGCAGUUUUUCAUCCACCUGCAAAUCAAACAUGUGGUGCCUACCUUGGUGAUUACCAGUUGGGCAUGGGCGCGAGUACAAAUCUUCUUAACCCAAAUGCGACAUCUGACUGCCGCGUAUGUCAGUUUACACAUGGUGGUGACUUCCUACGGACUCUCAAUAUUGAAAAAGAGUCUUAUGGUUGGCGGAACGCUGGAAUCGUUGUAAUAUUUGUGUUUGGGUGUUAUGGGAUGGUAUACCUCAUGAUGAAGCUCCGGACAAAAGCGACGAAGAAAGCCCAAUCUUGA